UUUGGGUUGGGCGCCCCGCGGAGCUUGCCAAGUUCCUCGUCCCAAGCGGAGUGGAUGCUGCUCCGUAUGCCUUGAGAAAGGGAAGGGGUGGUGAGGACCAUGCGUGGGAUUUUCAGGCGCUCUCCUGAUCGGGCCGAAUGCGCCUACUCUUACCGUGGGUUCUUAACAUUGAAGGGAUCCGCUGUGUGGCUUACAAUAACCAGUCAAAUAGAUUAGCUGUUUCACGAACUGAUGGCACUGUGGAAAUUUAUAACUUGUCAGCAAACUACUUUCAGGAGAAAUUUUUCCCAGGUCAUGAAUCUCGCUCUACAGAAGCUCUGUGUUGGGCAGAAGGACAACGACUCUUUAGUGCUGGACUCAAUGGAGAAAUUCUUGAGUAUGACUUGCAGGCGUUAGACAUCAAAUAUUCUAUGGAUGCCUUUGGUGGACCCAUUUGGAGUAUGAUUGCCAGCCCCAGUGGCUCUCACCUUUUGGUUGGCUGUGAAGAUGGAUCUGUGAAACUGUUUCAAAUCACCCCUGACAAAAUCCAGUUUGAAAGAAAUUUUGAUCGUCAGAAAAGUCGCAUCCUGAGUCUCAGCUGGCAUCCCUGUGGUACCCACAUUGCAGCAGGCUCCAUAGACUACAUUAGUGUGUUUGAUGUCAAAUCAGGUAGUGCUAUUCAAAAGAUGAUCGUAGAUAGGCAAUACAUGGGUGUGUCUAAGCGGAAGUGUAUUGUGUGGGGUGUGGCCUUCUUAUCUGAUGGCACUGUUAUAAGUGUGGACUCCGCUGGGAAAGUACAGUUCUGGGAUUCAGCUUCGGGGACACUUGUCAAGAGCCAUCUCAUCGCAAAUGCUGAUGUACAGUCCAUUGCUGUUGCUGAUCAAGAAGACAGUUUCGUGGUGGGCACGGCUGAAGGCACAGUAUUCCAUUUUCAGCUGGUCUCUGUGACUUCCAACAGCACUGAGAAGCAGUGGGUGCGGACCAAACCAUUCCAGCACCAUACUCAUGACGUGCGCACCGUGGCCCACAGCCCAACAGCACUGAUAUCUGGAGGCACAGAUACCCACUUAGUCAUUCGCCCUCUCAUGGAGAAGGUGGAGGUAAAGAACUAUGAUGCUGCUCUCCGAAAAAUCACCUUUCCCCAUCGGCGACUCGUUUCCUGUUCUAAAAAGAGGCAGCUUCUCCUCUUCCAGUUUGCUCAUCACUUGGAACUUUGGCGACUGGGAUCUACAGUUGCAACAGGCAAGAAUGGGGAUAUCCUUCCACUUUCUAAAAAUGCUGAUCAUUUACUGCACCUUAAGACAAAGGGCCCUGAGAACAUUAUUUGCAGCUCUAUCUCCCCAUGUGGAAGCUGGUUAGCCUACUCUACAGCAUCUCGGGUUUUUCUCUAUCGGUUGAAUUAUGAACAUGACAACAUAAGCCUCCAGAGGAUUUCCAAAAUGCCAGCGUUUCUUCGCUCUGCCCUUCAGAUUUUGUUUUCUGAAGAUUCAACAAAGCUCUUUGUGGCAUCAAAUCAGGGGUCUCUACAUAUUAUUCGGCUAUUGGAAGGAAGCUUCAAACACCUGCAUACUUUCCAGCCUCAGUCAGGGACAGUGGAGGCCAUGUGUCUCUUGGCAGUCAGUCCAGAUGGGAAUUGGCUAGCUGCGUCAGGUAACAGUGCUGGAGUCCACGUGUACAAUGUAAAACAUCUAAAGCUUCACUGCACGGUGCCGGCUUACAAUUUCCCAGUGACUGCUCUGGCCAUUGCUCCCAAUACCAACAACCUUGUCAUUGCUCAUUCUGACCAGCAGGUAUUUGAGUAUAGCAUCCCAGAAAAACAGUAUACAGAGUGGAGCCGGAAUGUCCAGAAGCAGGGGUUUCACCAUCUUUGGCUCCAAAGAGAUACUCCCAUCACACACAUCAGUUUUCAUCCCAAGCGACCAACACACAUCCUCCUCCAUGAUGCCUACAUGUUCUGUAUCAUUGACAAGUCAUUGCCUCUUCCGAAUGACAAAACAGUACUUUAUAAUCCACUUCCUCCUACAAAUGAAUCAGAUGUCUUCCGGAGGCGCACAGCCCAUGCCUUUAAAAUUUCAAAGAUAUAUAAGCCCUUACUUUUUAUGGAUCUUUUGGAUGAAAGGACACUUGUGGCAGUAGAACGACCCCUUGAUGAUAUCAUCGCUCAGCUCCCCCCACCCAUCAAAAAGAAGAAAUUUGGAACCUAAAACAGGGCAUACUCUGUCCUCCCUUGAACUGUCUACACUGUUUUCUUUUCACAGAUCAUGACAAU